AUGUCUUCCCCGUGGGCUAAAAUUCAACCCGUCGCUACAGUGGAUCUACAAGAGAUCAUGUCCGAAGAAUUCGCCCGUGAGCUACAAGCGAAGCAAUAUACUUCGUCACAAGUGGGACCGCAGCAGCCGCAAUCGUCUUUAUCGAUAUCGCAACCGGAACCAGGGCCGUCGACUUCUAAGAGUGUGCCUGUUCCGGUGAUGGAUACCUGCGAAGAACCGGUGGCCGGUUGUUCCCGUGCAAUCGACUCGGAGAAACGGUUGGCCGAUAUUCCCGACGAUGUGUUGUGGGAAAUCGAAAAAGCGGACCAGAAAGAGAUCGAUUCCGAUGCAAUCAUAGCGCAAAUGUUGCAGGCACAGUUCGAUGCCGAGUACGAUGAUCAAAUAAAGCGCGAGGAAAAUCAUCGGAACAAGGACUCGAAGGUGAAGGUAUCGUACAAAAACUAUCGGGUGAUUCCGGAAGAGCUUUUGUACGAAGAACCGGUGGAUGUAGCCGUGGAUCAAAAAGAGGACUGGGAUAGGUUUGAGACGAACGAGAAGGAACAGAAGCUGCUGCCUCGCGUUGGCUUUCGGUUGAAUGAGCAAGGAGAAAUGCUAACGAAACAUAACCUGGACAUUAACGGUCGCAGCAACGCGUGCAAAGUAAUGUCUUUCCCACCGGAGUUUUCCACCGGCGAUGCAGCCGGUUUCGACAUGAAACUGUCUAACAAAGUAUUUAACCAGCUCAAAUCCCACUCAAAGAAAACGACGAAAAUGAAGCACAAGGCACAGGACAGGAAGGAAAACAUUGCCACCGCCGAGAUGGGGUUGGAUGAACCGACGCGCUUGAUACUGUACAAGUGGAUUAACAAUCAGCUGCUAGAAUCGAUCGAUGGUGUGAUAUCGACCGGUAAGGAAGCCGUCAUACUGCACGCCGAGACGGAUCCUUACAAUCCGAACCUUAAGGAGGAUGAACCGAUCCCACCGAAGGAGGUAGCCAUCAAGGUGUUCAGUACGACGCUGAAUGAGUUUAAGCAGCGCGAUCGCUACAUAAAGGAUGAUUUCCGAUUUGCGGGUCGGUUUUCGAAGCAAAAUGCACGCACCGUUAUUAACAUGUGGGCAGAGAAGGAACUGCGAAACUUGAACCGCAUUCAACGGGUAGGGAUCCUAUGUCCGAAAAUUGUGGCGCUAAGGAAGAAUGUGCUGGUGAUGGAGUUUAUCGGGGAGAAUAUGAUACCGGCACCGAAGCUAAAGGAGGUCAUGCUUACAGAUCUGCAGCUGAACAAUGCGUAUCUGGAGGUCGUAGAGAUCAUGCACAAGCUGUACAAGGAGGCUCACCUGGUGCAUGCGGAUCUGUCCGAGUAUAAUAUACUCAUGCACGACAAUCACUGCUGGAUUAUCGAUGUUGCACAAUCCGUCGAACCGGGCCAUCCCGGCGCCCUGGAAUUUUUAAUGAGGGAUUGCGAUAACAUUAGCACCUUCUUCACUAAACGUGGCGUGAGCGAUGUGAAAAGCAAGGAAGAUCUUUUCUUCGAUAUAACCGGAUUGGAUCCGCUCUCGCACAACGCAGCCAUUCUGGAACGGAUACACAUGAAGGGAGAACCGGCCCACAUUGCCUCCAUGGUUGAUGACGACACGCCGGAAAAGUUUAAACCGAUGCGAUACCCGUUCGAAUUUGCCUGGUCAGUGGCGGCGGAUAAACAAAAAUUGUCCAACCCAAACACUGGUGUGGUUUGCUCUUCGGAUGGAGAAGUAGCGGUGAAGGAGGAAGUCGCUGCCGUCGCUUAA